AAAGGGUGCAUGGAUGGCAUAUCAGGAAGAGAAAAAGGAGGAAGUGCAUGAAAGUCCUCAUUAGCCGAAUUAGCGGACAUGAGUCAGUCACAUGACUGACUCAGUGGCAAGCAAAAUAAACUCUCGCUCUCAAAGUAGUGGGCCGAGCAACCUUUUCAGUUGUUUAGCUAAAAGUUUAACAAGUGGGUGAAUGGUUGCUAUGGACCUCAAUGGAACGCAUGCAUAGUAUAGUUUUUUGUUCGCUACCAGGAAAAUGACACAGGCCACCGAUGUACCUGCUAGCUUCCCAAACACGGCCAGUUUAAAAGUGAAACAAAGAGAAUGGACGGCGCUGUUUUGAUCGUAUAGUCACUGGAGUAUUUAGUCAUUUUGGAUAACAUUUACAAAGAAAACUGUGCGCACUCAGUCAUCCCGACUACUGGUGAGGCUAUUCGAGGUGCUAGCUAGCAUAGCCCCUACUCCUGACGCAGCUGUUUGUAUGUAAAUACUGUAUUUCACUAUCCAGUCACCGAUCACCCACUGCAUUACUUAUUUCAACCAUGUAUUACCAAUAUUAGCUGCUAAACUUGUCAGUGGGAAUAAAACAAAGAAAAAAAAACAUUCAACAUUAAGAUAGUAUGUCUCAUUUCUAAUUUUUAAUAAAGUAUCCACCCAGCCAUCCGUCCAUGACCUUUGCUAAAGAAAAGAUGAGAAAAUCUGCACAACACACUCUGAAAACCCUCGCUGAGUCAUUUAGCAAACAUGUGGCAUAUGACAAAACAACUAAAUGUUGGCAAGACAUAAAGAACGGCAUCAACUACAUUUAUUUUUCUGCAGUGUUCUACCCAAAUUUGUAUACCAGUGUGUGUUAUAGUGACAAACUUGUCCAGUUGUUUGAAAAUAUUUAAUUAGGGUUACAUUUUGAUGUCAUUUAAAUGUUUUUUAUUUUUAUUUAUUUAUUUUUAACAAAAGCUUACCAUAUUUUCACGACCAUGAGGCACGCUUAAAAGUCGUAAAUUUCUCCAAAAUGGACGGGGGGCGCCUUAUAAUGCGGCGCGCCUUAUGUGUGCACCGAGUUUCAAAAUCUAAAAAUGUUGUUGUGUGAUGAGCGCUCCACUUGCCUGACGGAGCAUUUCCUGCCGACACGCUGCUUAUACAGAGGAAAAGCGGAUGUGGCUGAGGACAGCAUGCGGACAUAAAGGGGGAAGAGUGCGCCUGAAGGUGAAGUCUAAAGGCACGCCCCCAGUAGGUAUAUAGCGCCGGUCAAGCCAGCCUCCACUCGUAAAGUAGCAAUCAAGCCAGCCGCCCCUAAUUUUGUUCAUACUUUAUACAUACAUUAUACAUUACGGUAAUCAGUCACCAACUCGCGGCGAAAACCACCUUCAAAAUAAAAGCUUCCCAAUAAUACGGACGUAAAUGCUCUUCGGUUAAGGAAUGCAACCAGCAAGGUUAAUUUAAAUCUUGAGAUACAUUAAAAAAUUGUGUUUAUUAGUUUUCAGAGACUUUUAUUUUGAAAUACAAUAUCAGAUCUUCAUCAAACCUCUUUUCGUCAUCGUUGGUGUUCUGUCACACAGAUCUGGACUUGUCUUGCGAUGCCAAUGGGAUUAUGUUGGGGUGGCUUUGGCUCAGUAGGUAGAACAGGUUCGAAUCCCUCCUACGACUGUCCGCAUGUCGAAGUGUCCUUGGGAAAUUCAUUUUAAACAGGGUGUUCAAAGUAAAGUUGCGAGCGGCGUGGGAGCGAUGGAUGACAGAUGGCGAACACAGCUUUACUAAGACUGGGAGGCAAUGCCAGGCGAGUUAUGCCACCAUAUGUGAAUGGAUUGUGGAUGCUUGGGCUAACGUGUCUGCUUUGACUGCUGUCCGAGCUUUCGCGAAAGCCAGCAUCAUUGCUGAACAGCCCCACGGCAACGAUACUAAUUCUGACAAUGACGAGAGGCACCCUAACCCAGAUCAUGAGGACUUUGAUGGAUUUGUGGAUGAGGAUUGAUGAAAAAAUAACUGCUCGACCAAUUUUUGCCAAUAUGUCAUGAGCACCACUGGCUUGGUGCCGCAAUCCUUCCCGGCUUCCAACUACACCGAGCAGACUGCGUCAUGGAGCUAUCAGGGAAAACAAAAGGUGGCGGAAUAUGCUUGUAUAUCAAUGUAAAAUGGUGUACCGACAUCACAGAGCUCAUCACACACUGCAUCCUGGACUUGGAGUCGCUGUUUUUGAAGUGUAGGUAAUUCUACUUGCUGCGUGAGUUUGCUUCAUUCAUCCUCUCUGGUGUUUACAUCCCCACCAGGUUAACACGAACGCCGCACUGUUAACGCUCCCUGACCAAGUAAACAAAAUUGAAAAAAUGCACCAAGAUUCACCCCUUAUUAUUCUUGGGGACUUUAACAAAGGAAAACUCAACCACGAAGUACCUAAAUACAAGCAGCACAUUGACUGUCCCACCUGGGAAAACAACAUUCUAGAGCACUGCCGUGCUAUCCCUCGUGCAGCUCUGGGCUCAUCUGUGCUCACUGUGUAAUUCACUUAAUACAAACACAUACUGGCACAAACUUAUAUGUGCGAAGCCUGUGGUAAAAACAGUGAAGAAGUGGACCAAUGAAUCAAAGAUAGAACUUCAAGACUGAUUAGACUGCACAAAUUGGAGUGUCUUUGGAACUUUAACUGGCAGCCUGGAUGAAUAUACGGACAGUGCUGCAUCCUAUAUCAGUUUCUGUGAUAUGUGUGUAGCAACAAAGACAUUUCGCACGUUCAGUAAUAACAAGCCAUGGUUUACUGCUAAACUUCAGCAACUUCGCCAGGGUAAAGAGGACGCCUAUCCCUAAGUGGGGUCAGAGAACUGUACAAUCAGGCUAGAAACCAGGUGAUAAAAGAUAUUAACAUCGCAAAGAGAAAUUAUGCAGAAAAGCUGGGAAAAUUGUUUACUGCUAACGACUCUAAGUCAAUUGCUAACCAACGACAAGCGACCAUCCCCACAAGUGGAGAACAAUAAACGACUGGCUGAUGACUGGAACACUUACUGCAGAGGACACUUUCACACCCCACACCCAUCCAGCCGCACCACCGACCACCAUCAUCUGACUCCCCCUUCUGCCCCCAUCAUCUUCAAACAACAAAAGAUCAACGAAGCGGCGGGCCCAGACCUUGUGUUCCCAUCCUGCCUCAAAAUCUGCGUGGACCAGCUCGCUCCAGUCUUCACACAGAUCUUCAAUAGAUCUCUGGAACUGUGUACCAUCCUGUUUCAAACGUUCUGCCAUCAUCCCAGUCCCCAAGAAACCUGCAAUCUCAGGUCUGAAAGACUACAGGCCUGUCGCCAUGACAUCUGUGGUUAUGAAGUCCUUUGAACGCCUCGUAUGGACCACCUCAAGAGCGUCACAUGACAUCUGCUGGACCCCCUGCAGUUUGCCUACAGAGCAAACAGGUCUGUGGAUGACGCAGUCAACAUGGGACUGCACUUCAUCCAAGAACACCUCGAUGGCACAGGUACCUACGCGAGGCUCCUGUUCGUGGACUUCAGCUCUGCGUUCAACACCAUCAUCCCUGAACUCCUUUCCUCCAAGCUUCUCCAGCUCAGCGUCUCGCCUGCGGUAUACCAGUGGAUUUACAGCUUCCUGCCGGGCAGGACACAGCAGGUGAGGCUGGGCGACACCACCUCAUCUACACACACCACCAGCUCCGGGGCGCCCCAAGGUUGUGUCCUCUCUUUGCUGCCCUUCUCUUGCUACAGGAACGACUGCACCUCAAAGCACCUGGCUGUCAAACUCCUGAAGUUUGCAGAUGACACCACAGUCGUCGGUCUCAUCAAAGACAGUGAUGAGUCUGCAUAUAAUCAGGAAGUGGAGCGGCUGCAGCUUUGGUGCCGCCAACAAAACCUGGAGCUGUGCACGCUCAAGACUAUAAAGAUGAUCCUGGACUUCAGGAAGCAAUUUUCACCACAGCUGCCCCUCACGCUGUCCAACUCCCAUGUGUCAACCGUUGAGACCUUUAAGUUCCUGGGAAUUACAGUCUCUCAGGACCUGAAGUGGGAGACCGACAUCAACUCCAUCCUCAAAAAAGCCCAGCAGAGGAUGUACUUCCUGCGGCUUCUGAUGAAGCAUGGCCUGCCACGGGAGCUGUUGAGGCAGUUCUCCACAGCAGUCAUCGAAUCAGUCCUGUGUUCAUCCAUCACAGUGUGGUUUGGUGCUGCCACAAAAAAGGACAAACUCUGACUACAGCGGACAAUCAGGACUGCCAAAAAACUCGUCGGUACCGCCCAACCCACUCUUGAGGACUUGCACGCUGCCAGAACUAAGACAAGAGCAUGCAAAAUCCUCUUGGACCUCCACAUCCUGGUCCCCACCUCUUCCAGCUCCUUCCGUCAUGUCGGCGCUAUCAUUAAAUGCAAACUAAAACCAGCACACUUUCCAACAGCUUCUUCCCUCUUGCCAUUAACUUCUUAAACAGUUACUUUACAAUUCCUUUGUAACAUUCUGCCAAUUUUGUCUUGAGAUUGUUGUCACAUCUCUGUCCGGACACUUCUACAUUAUUCGUGCACUCCGUGUAGUAGUCUCGUCACUCUGAUCUUUUUUUGACCAAUACUGGCCACUCGUGCAUCAGGAGUAUCUGCACCAUUUGGACAAUUGUCAUUGUUCCAGAUUAUCGCACUACUAGUCACUUUAAACUGCUUACAUUUCUUGAAGACUCGGCACCAUUUGCACAAUUGUCACUGUACCAGAUUAUUGCUCUAUUUGUCAUUUCACACUGCUCUAAAUUGUUUGAGGACUCUGCAUCAGUUGCACAAUUGUCAUUGUAUCAGCAUUACCACACUGGUAACCUUUCAUUGCUCAGUGACUCUCCAUAGUGUGUUUUUGUUUUUUUAUAUCUUAAAUGUAUUUUUUGUCAAAAUAGCUGUCUGUUGUCGUACUUGAGCGGCUCCAAC